AGAAAUGAAAAAUGGGUACUGUAUCACUUGAGAUUUUGAAGAAUUAUAUUCAGUCACAAGGUGGUGCUGUCAGUAGUCAACAGAUUGUUCGUCAUUUUCAGCCCUUUCUAAAAGAUGCUAACAACAAAGCUCACAACAAGGAAUUAUUCAAGAGUUAUCUUUCAACUCUCACAGACUAUCGACAAGAACCUGGUACAAAUGUUCGGAUACUCGAGCUAAAAAAGGCUUACAGAGAUAGUCCCGUCCCUCAAUCACCAACAUCAAAGGAGAACAAGCCCAGAAAUGAGGGCACUCGGCCAGGAUUUCAGGACCAACUGAAGCCAAUGAGAGAGGCCCAGCUCUCAGCUGCAGCCCUGAAAUCUUCACCACAGAAGGAUCCUAUCCGCAGCGAGGUGCCACGGUCACCAAGAGACAUCGACGGAGAGCGGAUGAGACGGGAACAGUCGCGGGAGCGUAUCAGACGUGAUCAGUCCAGAGAUCAGCUGAUGAGAGACAAAUCACGUGACAAAAUACACAGGGAGUACAGUAAGGAUGAUCAGCGGGAGUUCCAGCGGGACCCUCAGCGCCAACUAACACGUGACCAGUCACGUGAGUUUCAGCAGGACAAAGUGGGGGGUGCUGCUGCUAGAACUCCCACUACUCCCAAACAGCUGACUCAGGAGCGCAGUCCCCGGAGCGGGACAAGGAGGACUGCUCAUGAGAGGAGGAGUCCAGCGCCACAGCGGUCACCCACCACCACCACAGCGCCACAGCGGUCACCCACCACCACCACCACCACCACCACCACCACUGCUACAAGUCCUCCCAGCAGUGCCGCUAGUCCUGAGGAGGUGGAUAAUGUUCCGCCUCAGAAUGAAAAUGCUGUCGUAACUCCCACACAAGUUAAAAGACCUGAAAUCAGAAAAGCCUCCAUCAAUGCGAUCAACAUGUUCAAUAGAACAGCUCAGCAGAAGAAGCCGCCGGUAGCUGUUAAUUUCCCGGAUCAAGUCGCUGAAGAAGAAGAAGAAGAUGGGAACAGUGUUUUUGUCGACAAGGCGGACACACUCGACUCUAACACCCAUGAAGACCUCCGAGAAGAAAGCUUGAGAAGGAAGACACUGCCCCGGUGUAACACAACCAAGAUGCUGGAUAUCCGGAACAAGUAUAAGAUACUCCGGAGUGGGGUGGGUGCGAGGUCGUGCAGUGUUACAGACGACCACUGCGAGGAUCAGGACGAGGACCUGGGACGGACGAGGUGCAUGUCGCUCCCCCUGGAUAGCAGCGGAGACGGAGACACGCUGCAAGUGAAUCACCCUGGAUACGCUCAUGUCAGACGCAACUCCUUUGAUCCGUACAUGGAGAGUGGUUGCUCGAACGUACCUUUGGAACAAGGUGAGAAGGAAUGGAUAGUAAAGUCAGCCCUGGGAGACUGCAACACUAUUUCCAGACUUCUGUUAACAGAUAAAAACUUGGUGUACUACAAGGACUUUAUCUCCGGUUACACUGGACUGCACUGGGCGUGUAAGUUAGGUAGAAUAGAUAUGGCUAAGAUACUACUAGAAGCAGGCAGUGAAGUCAACAUGAAGAGUAAUAGUGGUCACACUCCCUUGCAUUUAGCGGCCCAGACCGGAAAGACAGACCUUAUUGAACUCAUCAUCAGAUAUGGGGCAGACAAGGACAUCAGAGAUCAUAAAGGGAAGAAAUCAGGUCACUACCUCCCCCCCACUGCCCCAGAGGAGAUUAAGGGCCUUCUCAAUGUACACGAUCCCCGACUAGUCAACCACACAAAUCCAGCUCUGAGGAAGCUAUCCAAGCACCAAUCCGUUGGUUUCGACAUUAACGAUAAUACCCCCAAACGCGCCCAGACCCUCAACCAGGCUUGGAAGAAAUACAAGCAUUCCUUCGUUACAAAGAAGAAAAAGGACGGUGGAAAAAUAGACUCCAAUAAGCGGGACAGUACGCUCGCUCCAAGGGGUGACUCGAAAGAAAACCACAAAUACGGCAAAGCUCAGACGUUACCACCGAAACAAACAGCGAUCUACAACUUCUGAACAGACAGCUACCCCAUCAUUAUCUCACUAUCUUAUUGGUUCACAGAUCUGCUAAAUUAAUUGCUAUCAGCCGAGGAACUUAAAUAACUAAUUUUAUGUUAUAACCCAAAUUUUGUAUGGAAUUGGAACAGGUUCGAAGAAGACACGAAUUUUGACAGAAUUUAAAGAAUUUUUGCAUGGUUUAUUGAUUUAAGUUUAACUUUUCAAGGACCCGUAAAUACUUUGAUUAUUGGUUACAUAAAUUCACUGCCGUCAGAGUUUUAGUUUCGUAUUUCAGAAAAGUUUGUUAAUAGAUUAUUACCAUUCGUUAAAGAAAUGAUUUGAGAAAAUCUAGUUCACGCAUCGAAUGAAGUUAUCAAUAUUCUGAAUUGAAACUAACGAUAUGUUUAGAAUGUAUUUCCAGGAUAAUAUGGAGGAAUUAUUGUAGAAUUAUAAAAAACCCAUUAGAUUUGAAUUAAUGAUAGCCUCGCAAACGAUUUUAGUUUAAGGCCGAGGGCGUUAUGUAGUGAUCAUGGAUCGAUAUCAAAGAGUAUCAUAAUAUGGCUUUCUUAUCAUUUUGAUUCGAACUUCUUUUCUUUUGAAUUGAUAAUUUAUUUUUAUGAAUGUCAUUGUCACUCCAUUAUACUCUCAGAACCUAAGUUUUUUUACAAACUAAA